CGGAAAUGCGCCUUCUCCUCUCGCUCCUCGUCGGGCUCGCGGCGUGCGAGGACUGGGCGGACUCGCCGGCCCUCACAAAGAUGUGGGAGACGACGAGCAGCAGCGACCUGGACGGGCUGAUCCAGGUGCUCGCUCAGGGCGGCCGCGACAUGGCGCACGCGCGCUCGGCCGAUGGGCGCGGGCCGCUCUUCUGGGCGUACGAGUACAAGAACUCGGACGUGCUCGCGCUGCUCACGCACCUGGAGGUCGACGAGACCGCCGAGGACGCCGACGGCAAGCGGCCGAGCGAGUUCUUCCCGGACGGCGAGGAGGAGCUCGCGGACUUUGGCGCCAAAGCCUCUGCGAGGAGCGAGGACAUGGCGGAGCUGCUCAAGGACCGCGAGGACGAGAUUGCAACCUACUACGAGUCGGCCGACGACGGGAUGGACGAGCCGGAGAUGGCGGAGGGGGGCGUCGACGAGAUCGACUACGCCGACGACGAGGACGACGAGGACGAGGACGAGGACGAGGACGAGGAGGCGUCGGGCGCGACGGCCGCGCACAAGGCGAAGCUGGAGGAGCUGCGGGCGCGGGCCCGAAAGGACGAGAUAUAGGCUGGGACGAGGGUGCGCGUCGAUGGGCCGGGUCGCCGCGUUGGUCCGAGGCUCGCACGCAGGCGGCUCCAUGCGCGGCGGUGGGGAGAGCGCGCCGCAGGGCGCAGCCACGCUGCCGGAGGGUGUGAGGCUGUGGACGGACCCCGGAUAGCCCAGAACAUCUAGCUGAGCUUGCUGGGUAGAGUGCGUCGGAGUUCGCAAAUGGCCACCGGAGCGCUUUGAGUACGAGGACCUCGG